UUAAUAAUGACGCUGAAACUUAAAACGAAAACCAAAAACAUGGCGACUUUAUUUUAUGUGGGGUUGAAGAAGCACUCAAGAGAACUAAUGAUUAACAAAAUGUAUGGGUGUACCAUUAUUUAUUUUGCUUUUAUGGCUCACAAAACAUGGAAAAUAACACGUACCACAUAUAUACAUGACAAUCUAUAGAAACUUAUGUAGAUUGCUGGUAGUUUGUAACAGAAAUAGGUAACAAUGCAUGUUCUACAGUGCUGGAUUCGUCUCGCACAUGUGCUUCCACUAAAAUUCAGCAUCAACUUUUUGGUUUUCUUUUUUGUGAAAGAAUAUUUUGUCUCCUCAAUUAGUACCCAUGUAAUUUUUUAAUCUUGCAGUAAAAUAAAACCAAAUAUAUAUAAUAGAAGAAGCGUUAAGCACAGUGACAUUGAAAGUGACCGAGGCUGCUUUAAAACGAUUCAAAUAAUGUUGAGUUAAAUCUGAAGCUUGUUUUUAUGUACACAAUAAAACUCUAAGUGCGAUACACAUUGCUAGAAUCCUCUGAUGCAGAUGUGGUAGGGCUAUCUUUGCCGAUUAACAUAAUGAUCUGUCGACAGAACAUAAUAUUCUCACUACAAGUUAUAACGUUUUGGGCUAUAUAAGGAAGAGUUCUUCUACGAAACAGAAACAGGCUUUCCUUUCGGACUUCAAUCCUCUUUCACAAGACAAGGGGAAAGGAAAGACAGAUCAUGGAGGGUAAGGUUGGUUUAACCGUAGCUGACGCUGUAGAUUACAAGGGUUUACCUGCUGAUAGGGUGAAAACUGGUGGUUGGGUGCCUGCUUCCCUCAUCCUUGGAAUCGAAAUAUGCGAGAGGCUUUCCACGAUGGGAAUCGCAGUAAACCUGGUGACGUAUUUGGGUGGAACCAUGCAUCUCUCCAGCUCAGCUUCAGCCAAUGUCGUCACCGAUUUCAUGGGCACUUCUUUCCUUUUGUGCCUUCUUGGUGGCUUUUUAGCUGACACUUUUCUUGGAAGAUACAAAACUAUCAUCAUUUUUGCAUCCAUUCAAACUCUUGGUACGUGUGCGUUGGCAUUGUCGACCAAACUACCACAGUUCAGGCCACCACCAUGCCACUCUCUUGAAAACUGCAAACAAGCAAGUGGUUUCCAAAUGGGGAUCUUGUAUCUUGCUUUGUAUCUUAUAGCCGUUGGCACGGGUGGCCUGAAAUCAAGUGUUUCGGGAUUUGGGACUGACCAGUUCGACGAAAAGAAUGAAGAGGAAAAGACACAAAUGGCGUAUUUCUUUAAUAGGUUUUUCUUCUUUAUAAGUUUGGGAACGUUAAUGGCAGUUACAGUGCUAGUGUACAUACAAGAUGAAGUUGGUAGAAGUUGGGCUUACGGAAUUUGUUCAGUCUCAAUGUUCACCGCAAUUUUGGUGCUCUUGUCUGGGACUAAAAGAUACAGGUACAAAAAAAGUGCAGGAAGUCCUAUUGUUCAAAUUUUCCAAGUCAUUGUUGCUGCUAUAAAGAAGAGAAAGAUGGAUCUUCCUUAUGAUUCAGGCUUGUUAUACGAAAAUUCACCUGAGGUUUCAAGAAUCCAUCACACGAAUCAGUUUCGUUGCUUAGACAAGGCAGCAAUAGUAGCAGAAGGUGACUUUGAGAAAAAUUCUUCGAGUUCUUGGAAUCCAUGGAAGCUAUGUACGGUGACAAGGGUGGAGGAAGUGAAGAUGAUGGUGAGGCUACUGCCAAUAUGGGCGACAACGAUUCUUUUUUGGACUACUUAUGCCCAAAUGAUUACCUUUUCCGUCGAGCAAGCAGCCACAAUGAGAAGAACUGUCGGAGGUUUCCAAAUCCCUGCCGGAUCCCUCACUGUCUUCUUCGUCGCUGCAAUCUUGCUCAGCUGCGCGGUGUACGAUUCUCUGAUUAUCCCAGUUUGGAAGAAAUGGAAAGGAACACCGGGAUUUACUGAUUUACAGAGAAUUGCAUUAGGUCUUGCCCUCUCAGCGCUAGGAAUGGCGGCAGCGUCGUUGGGCGAGGUGAAAAGAUUAUCUGUGGCGAGGCGGCACCCCACUCAGACGACGGAGCCUCUUCCUAUCAGCGUGUUCAUCCUGAUCCCACAGUUCUUCCUCGUGGGGUCCGGUGAGGCGUUUAUUUACACCGGCCAGCUUGAUUUUUUUAUCACUAGAUCACCAAAAGGGAUGAAAACGAUGAGCACUGGUCUGUUUCUAACAACGCUGUCACUGGGUUUUUUCUUGAGUAGUCUCUUGGUGACUGUGGUGAAGAAUGUCACCGGAAACAAUGGUGAAGGUGGGUGGCUCGCCAACAACAUUAAUAAUGGAAGGCUUGAUCUCUUCUAUGGAUUAGUGGCGGCUUUGAGCGGCGUAAAUUUUGCAAUUUAUCUUGUAUGUGCAGCUUGGUACAAGAAAGACAAGGGUAAAUCGUCAGAUGUUGAAAUGGAGAAGUGUUAACUUUUGAAAUUGGUAUCUUAAGAUUUGUGUGCAGAAUUUAUUUUCUUGUUGGCAAUGUAGACAAAGAAAAUACGAAUAAAAAGUGUGUUUUCCUAUUGUGUUAUUUAAAAACAUAUAUUAUCCUUGCAGUAUCACUCCAAGAAAUAUAGUCAUUACCGGCGAUACAAAUAGCGG